AGAUGUGUUUAAUUGAGCUACAACUUGUCUCUAUGGGCAGGUCAAAUGGGAAUAGAAUAACUUCGAUAAAUCAAGUUUUCCCUAGUCACAUCUGUUUAUCCGUUUCCAAGGAUCCUCAAGUCGUCUGGUACUAGUCUUACAAGUUGCAAGACGAUGGAGGAAGGCAUCGUUGUCAAAACGCCAACAAGUGAAAUAUCUUAUUCUUAUUCGAAAGAGAGGAAACACUUCGGAGGGCCGUGCCGGUUCGGGGACACUGAAACCGAGCUCAGAAUAGACAUCAUCCCUAACCCAGAUCUGAUGGAGGGUGCCCAAAUCUUGGAUGUCGUUGAAAAAGGGUGCCAAAUUUCGGCCAGCCUUUCCCUACACGAAGUGAACACAACAAGAGCGAACUACGUGCAAAGCGGUAUGAACCACACUGAAGGCGGUUGGCCGAAAGACCUGAAUUUCAUGGACCCAGAACAAACGAUCCGUUUCAGAAAAAAAGUGGAAAAAGAUGAGAUGUAUACACAUGGUAUUCUACAGCUUUUAUUACCCAUGGAGCAUUGCGUUCAUCAAAACAACGCAAUAAAUAUUUACGAGCUUUAUUUUUCUGAAUGGGACGAAGGAGACACAGGUGAAGAAAGCAGGUUCAGGACUGUAAACGUUUUCAGAGACAUGUGCACGCCAAAACGACCCGUGUCACACAUUUCCUGGUCGCCCGACCAGGGAUCCAGACUCGCAGUAACUCAUGCGAAUCUGAAUUUUCAACACGAUCUGUCUGAAAACUUGCAUCAUUCUUAUAUAUGGCAUAUAGAAAAUCCCAACAAACCCGAGUUGGUUAUUGAUGCUGGUGUGCCUGUAGUAUGCUUAGAAUAUAAUCCUAGAGAUUUAAACAAUUUGGUCGGAGGACUUGGAAAUGGGCAAGUUGCGAUAUGGGAUAUAAGGAGAGGAUCGCAGCCGCUCGACUUAUGCGAUCAUUAUCAUAGUUUCAGAGACCCAGUUAUGAGUGUACUUUGGAUAAACUCAAAAUCGGGUAUGGAGUUUUUUUCUUCUUCGACAGAUGGGCAAGUGAAAUGGUGGGAUGUGAGAAAAUUGAAGUCGCCGUUGGAAACACUCAUGCUUGACAUAAGCAAAGGAGAAGACCAGUUGCUAAGUAGAGCAUUGGGUGCAUCAGUUUUAGAAUAUGAGCCAACAAUACCUACAAGGUUUAUGGUCGGCACAGAGAAAGGAAUAGUAAUUUGUGGAAACCGAAAAGGGAAAACGCCAAGUGAAAAAUUAGGUGUGCAAUAUCAAGCGCAUCAUGGGCCAAUUUGGUCGUUACAGCGAAACCCGGCAUUCCUUAAGAAUUUCCUCACAGUAGGUGAUUGGACAGCCCGUGUCUGGUCUGAAGACUGUCGUGAAUCAUCGAUCAUCUGGACAAGUUAUCAAAAGACAAAGCUCACUCGUGGUGCGUGGUCUCCCACCAAACCUUCUGUAUUCUACACGACCAGAGUUGAUGGGACACUGGAUGUUUCAGACAUACUCCAAAGCCAAAAAGAAGCCUGCCUCAGUAUCAAGGUGUGUGAUGAGCCUAUUCAUGGAUUACGAUGUCACGAUAAUGGUGAAGUUGUAGCGGUUGGAAAUGAUGUUGGAACAACUUAUAUAAUAGAAAUUUCAGAAAAACUUGUGAAAGCAUCCAAGAACGACAAAGCAUACCUUACAGCAAUGUUCGAACGUGAGAGUAGAAGGGAAAAAAUUAUCGAGGCGAAAUUGAGAGAGCAAAGAUUGAAAAUGCGUGCCAAACAGGAACCAGUUGGUCAGAAGUCGAUGCUUCCGAACAUACCUCCUCAGUUAAAUGAUGAAGCAAUGGAACAUUUAACAAAAGAAUUCUUUGCAAAAAUAGAACAGGACUUUCACCCAAUUGAAGAAUGA